CUUUACACGUUUCCUCUAUCUCACACACUUUAAGGUGUUUUACUGUGUGUGUUUUUUUAUUUUUAAAUAUUUUUUUUAUCAAUAUAUAUUUUUUUAUUGAUAUGCUCCCCACGACUUAGAAGGCUAAAGCCGGUGUUGGAGUGUUGUUAUCACCACUCAUUCUCCCACCAGUUCUUGAUGAUUAUUUCAUCUUCACAAUCGCCAAUUUCUUUUCUUCAUCUUUACAUUUGAAUAUCUUUUCACUCUCAUCUGUAAUUUGGAGUGUGAAUUAUUAUCCUAUAAUAUAUACACGAGGGUUUCGUGAGAUUUGAAUGAAAUCUACGAUUUAGUUUACUCGAUAAACACAAUUAUAAUUGAUCGAUCACUUUUUUUUUAUCUCUUUAAUGCAGAUCAAUAUGGUGAUCCGGUUUGAUUAGAAUCUUCUGGGUUUGAGUAUUUUUUACAUUUUCUUCAUUCGAAUUGGGGAAUGUUCUUUCCUUAAUCUUCUAUCCACCUAUCAUCAACGACCACAUCCACACACAGAAAGAUUUUGUUCAAUUUCAUUACUUUAAUCGUUAUAUACAGAAUUCCAGAGUGUUCUUAUCUGCGUUUGAUUCUGUUUUCAAUCUUUUUGGUGGGAUUUUGGUAAAAAUGGGUUGCGCGACAUCGAAGCAACGACCGGUGUGCCGGAACUGUAAAGGGCCAUGUGCUCCGAUUACCCGAAGCUAUUCAAUGCACGUCCACCACCCGCCUCAGAGUGAUGGCGACAGCUACCAUGUCGUUGCUCUUAAAUCCACCACUCUCGGAUACCUUCAGCUCGAUCCAUCGUACUCCAAUGAGGCUCGCAGUGCGAAAAAUCCAGGCGUCGUUCAGAUUCAUCAAGAUCCUCUCCGACAAAAUGAGAUACAUGAUAAGGAAAGUAACGAAUUUGCAGUCGGCGUGAUUGACGCCAAGACAUGGUCGAAGAUGAUCGAAGAAAAAAUCCCCAAAAUCAUCCCCAGAACACCCAUCAGAACGCCUCCCGGCGAGCCGGAAUCGAUCAAUGCGUGGGAAUUGAUGGAAGGUUUGGAUGAUACAAGCCCACUCCGACCAAAAUCCGCCGCGAAUCACAUCCGUAGCUUCUCCUUUCAUGUUAAUCCCAAUUCCUUUACAUCCUUCGGUGAAUCUACAACAGAAUUCCCAGAACAAGAUCGACAAACUGAAAUCUCCGGCAAACCACUAUGUCUACCAAUACCAGAGAACAACUCCUCAGAUUCGAAUUCCCUUUUCGAUUCAAACGACACAUCGGUGGCAUCGGAUUUUGAUACUGAGGUAAUUUCUUCAUUCAGAAAAUCACUAGAGUUGCUACCUCCGGCGAACCCAUUUCACCUAAAGCCAUCGAUCGACGAGAAGGAUCCGCCGUCCUCAGACGGCUACGGUGAUGAUGAUUCGUUGGACAUAACGAAUUCCAAGAAAUCUUUACAAAACGGCUUUUUCGGUGAUGGUAAAAACAUCAGUCCUCCACGUGUCCAAGAAAAGUUAGUUUUGUACUUCACUAGCUUACGAGGAGUUAGGAAGACGUACGAGGAUUGCUGCCAUGUCAGACACAUCUUAAAGGCAACCGGAGUUCGUGUUGACGAGCGUGAUGUAUCGAUGCAUUCGGGUUUCAAGGAGGAAUUGAAAGAAUUAUUAGGUGGUUUUAUUGGUGGUGGAUUGCCUAAAGUCUUCAUCGGAAAUAAAUGUAUUGGUGGUGCUGCUGAAAUCCGGCGAUUACAUGAAGAUGGGCAACUUGAGAAGGCGUUGGAAAGUUGUGAAAUGAUGGAUGGCGGUGGCUAUGUCGGUGGUGGUGGAGUUGGUGGCUGUGAGGCUUGCGGUGAUAUUAGAUUUUUACCAUGUGAGACGUGUUCUGGUAGCUGUAAGAUUUAUUAUGACGAUGAUUCUGAUAAUGAUGAAGUAGAUGAUGAAGAAAAAGAAGAAAAUGAUUAUGGGUUUCAAAGAUGCCCCGAUUGCAAUGAAAAUGGACUAAUUAGAUGUCCAGUUUGUUGUGAUUAACUUUCACAGUGACAAUUUUUCAUGAAUUUUUGAUUGUAUAGUGGGCAUUUUUUUUUUUUUUUCCAUGAAGAAUUAUAUUGAAAACAAGAUUUAUAAAUUUUCAUUUUGUAUUGAUUUUUUUUUUCUUUUUUACAUUUUUAAUGUAAGAGAGGUGAGUUUUACUUGUUAUUGUCGAGUUUGAAACUCUAUUAAGAAUUUCCGUGUUCUUGACUUGUGCAAAAUAAA